GACAUUCAGGGAUGUGGCCAUAGAAUUCUCUCAGGAGGAGUGGAAAUGCCUGGACCCUGCUCAGAGGACUCUAUACAGAGACGUGAUGUUGGAGAAUUAUAGGAACCUGGUCUCCCUGGGAUUGAUUUUCAAAGACUCACGUUACAUGAGGAAGCCACCAAGAAGAGCAAAGAAAAGGAUCCAGGGAUGGCUUUUCCUCAGGUGAGUGAUAUUCCUCGGUGGAUUCCGCUGUCUCUUUUCUUUCUGAAAUGCCAGGUAUUGUAGUAGCCAGUCUUCUGUGAGUCUGAAGCGUCCUGCCUCACACAUUUGCUCCCACUCACCCAAGACUUUUCUCAGUCCUUGUCAUCUUCACUUAAAUUCCAUCUCCUAUAACCUAGUGAAUAAGCUUGGGAAGAGGUGGCACUGGGCAUGGGCCUGGGAAGGGCUCACACCAGACAUGGAUGGAGAUGGGGUGAGGGCCCCGUGCUGUCAGUGAUGUUGGGCAGCAGCGAUUGUUCAGGGGCCACAUCUGGAUGCACGUUCAGUACUUUGUGGACCAUAUCAGAGAAUCUAUAUAUGAAAGUCAUACAUUAAUGUACACUGGUAUCUGGUAAAUUCUGGAAAAGGAGGCAAACUAAGGUAUAUAUUUUGUGUCUGAUUUUGUAAUUCAGUUGAAUCUACACUAGUGAGUCAAUAUGUCUCUGACUCCAAACUUUCUUUUUUAAGAGACAGGUGUCACUCUGGACCCAGUCCGGAGUGCAGUGGAACAAUUCUAGUUUACAGCAGCCUCAGAUUCGUGGGCUCAAGUGAUCUUCACAUUAGCCUGCCAACGAGGUAGAAUGACAGACAGAUGUGUGCCAUCACGCCAGGCUAAUUCUAAUUUCAGAGAAGACAAUUCCAGGGCUUUGGAAUCACGCUUCAGCCUUCCUGGCCGCUCUCACCUCCAAAACAGGCGCUGGGAGAGAGGCUGAGAGAAGCACGGGUCCCUCUUCGACCCCGUACUCUGCGGGUAGUAAAGGGCAAGGUCUCUCCGCCUUACGCCCCGCCCCUACCUCGCUCAGGCCCCGCCCACCUCCUCGUUGGCUCCACCCAGGCCUGGUUUCUGUCCUGCGCGCGCAAAUUCACGCAGACCAGGAAGCAGAUCAUGUGGAGUGAAAGUCACGCCGCCGCGAGACGGAAUUUCACUGCGUCAGCCAGGAUGAACACUUCUGCAUUUUAUAAAUGUUACUGAGAUUUCCUUGUAAGAAAGAAUUCAAUGUUGGGAGUCAGUUUCAUCAGAACAUUUCAAAAGAAUCUUUAGCCCAGGAUUGACUUCUAAAGACUCUUGGUCCAUGAGGAAGAAACCCAGAAGAGGAAGAGGAAAGCAGAGGAGUCAGGGAUGGCUCCUCCUCAGGGUCUACUGACAUUCAGGGAUGUGGCCAUAGAAUUCUCUCAGGAGGAGUGGAAAUGCCUGGACCCUGCUCAGAGGACUCUGUACAGAGAUGUGAUGUUGGAGAAUUAUAGGAACCUGGUCUCCCUGGAUAUCUCUUCCAGAUGCGUGAUGAAGACAUUGUCAUCAACAGGGCAACGCAAUACAGAAGUGAUCCACAAAGGGACAUUGCAAAGACAAGCAAGUCAUCACAUUGGAGAAUGUUGCUUCCAGGAAAUUGCAACAGAUAUUCAUGACUUUGUUUUUCAGUGGCCAGAAGAUGAAACAAAUGACCAUGAAGCACCCAUGACAGAAAUGAAAAAGUUGACAGGUAGUACAGACCGAUGUGAUCAAAUGCUUGCUGGAAACAAGCCUAUUAAAGAUCAGCUUGGAUCAAGCUUUCAUUCGCAUCUGCCUGAACUGUGUAUAUUUCAGCCCAAAGGGAAAAUUGAUAAUCAAGUGGAGAAGUCUAUCAACAAUGCUUCCUCAGUUUCAACAUCCCAAAGAAUUUCUUUUAGGCCCAGAACCCACAUUUCUAAUAAGUAUGGGAAUAAUUCCCUUCAUUCUUCAUUACUCAGAAAAAAACGGAAUGUAAACAUGAGAGAAAAAUCUUUCCAAUAUGUUGAGAGCAGCAAAGCCUUCAAUUGUAGCUCACCCUUUAAAAAACAUCAGAUCAUCCAUUUAGGAGAGAAACAAUAUAAAUGUGAUGUAUGUGGCAAGCUCUUUAAUCAGAAGCGAUACCUUGCAUGCCAUAGUAGAUGUCACAUUGGUGAGAAACCUUACAAGUGUAAUGAGUGCAGCAAGACCUUCAGUCACAAUUCAUCCCUCUUCAUUCACAAAGCACUUCAUACUGGAGAGAAACCUUAUGAAUGUGAAGAAUGUGACAAAGUUUUCAGUCGCAAAUCACACCUUGAAAGACAUAGGAGAAUUCAUACUGGAGAUAAAUCUUACAAAUGUGAAGAAUGUGACAAACUUUUCAGUCACAAAUCAUAUCUUGAAAGACAUAGGAAGAUGCAUACUGGAGAAAAACCAUAUAAAUGUAAGGUUUGUGACAAGGCUUUCGUGUGUAAUUCAUACCUGGCAAUACAUACUACAAUUCACACUGGAGAGAAACCUUACAAGUGUAUUGAAUGUGGCAAGUUUUUCAAUCAACGCUCAACCCUUGCCUACCAUCAUAGACUUCAUACUGGAGAGAAACCUUACAAAUGUGAAGAAUGCAAUAAAGUUUUCAGUCGCAAAUCACACCUUGAAAGACAUAGGAGAAUUCAUACUGGAGAGAAACCAUACAAAUGUAAGGUUUGUGACAAGGCUUUUGCGUGUAAUUCAUACUUGGCAAUACAUAGUAUAAUUCACACUGGAGAGAAACCUUACAAGUGUAAUGAAUGUGGCAAGUUUUUUAAUCAACGAUCAACCCUUGCAGGACAUCGUAGAGUUCAUACUGGAGAGAAACCUUACAAAUGUGAAGAAUGUGACAAAGAUUUCAGUCGCAAAUCACACCUCGAAAGACAUAGGAAGAUUCAUACUGGAGAGAAACCAUAUAAAUGUAAGGUUUGUGACAAGGCUUUCCAAAGGGAUUCACACCUGGCACAACAUCAGAGAGUUCACACUGGAGAGAAACCUUACACAUGUAAUGAAUGUGGCAAGGUUUUCAGUAUAAAAGCAAACCUUGCAUGUCACCAUAAACGUCAUACUGGAGAGAAACCUCAUAAAUGUUACAAAUGUGAAGAAUGUGAGAAAGUUUUCAGUCGCAAAUCACACCUGGAAAGACAUAGGAGGAUUCAUACUGGAGAGAAACCAUACUAUUGUAAGGUUUGUGACAAGGCUUUCUGGAGUGAUUCACACCUGGCACAACAUCAGAGAGUUCAUACUGGAGAGAAACCUUACAAGUGUAAUGAGUGUGGCAAGACCUUCCAUCGGAUAUCAUCCCUUGUAAGCCAUCGUAGAUAUCAUACUGGAGAGAAACCUUACAAGUGUAAUGAGUGUGGCAAGACCUUCACUAGAAAUUCAGGCCUUGUAAUUCAUAAGGCAAUUCAUACUGGAGAGAAACCUUACAAGUGUAAUGAGUGUGGCAAGACCUUCACUAGAAAUUCAGGCCUUGUAAUUCAUAAGGCAAUUCAUACUGGAGAGAAACCUUACAAGUGUAAUGAAUGUGGCAAGGGUUUUAAUCAACAAGGACAUCUUGCACAACAUCAGAGAGUUCAUACUGGAAAGAAAUUUUACAAGUGUAAUGAGUGUGACAAGACCUUCAAUCAGAUGUCAUUUCUUCUACACCGUCAUAGACUGCAUACUGGAGAGAAACCUUACAAGUGUAAUGAAUGUGGCAUGGAUUUUAAUCAACAAUCACACCUUGCAAGUCAUCAUAGACUUCAUAUUGCAGAGAAAUUUUACAAAUGUGAAGAAUGUGACAAAGUUUUCAGUUGCAAAUCACAGCUUGAAAGACAUAGGAGAAUUCAUACUGGAAAGAAACCAUAGAAAUGUAAGGUUUGGGACAAGACUUUUGGGAGUGAUUCACACCUGGCAAAACACACUAGAAUUCACACUGGAGAGAAACCUUACAAGUGCAAUGAAUGUGGCAGAGCCUUUAGUGGGCAGUCACCACUUAUUCACCAUCAAGUAAUCCAUGGUAUAGGGAAACUUGACCAAUGUAAUGAUUGUCACAAAGUUUUCAGUAAUGCUAUAAUCAUUGCAAAUCUUUGGAGAAUCUGUAAUGAAGACAGAUCUUACAAGUGUAAUAAAUGUGGCAGAUUUUUCAGACAUCGUUCAUAUAUUGUGGUUCAUCAGCAAACUCAUGCUGAAGAGAAACCUUUUGCCUGUAAUCCCAGCACUUUGAGAGGCCAAGACAGGUAACUCACUGGAGGUCAGGCGUUUGAGAACAGCCUGGCCAAGAGACGUGCACCACUUUUUUCAGCCUGUCUUU